AUGGAAACCACGCAGCAGCUGGAAGACGAUGCCGGCUUCAUGGACAAGUACAGCCGCCAAAUCGGCGCGUUUGGACUCGAGACGAUGGCCAAGUUGGUGAAGCUCAGGGUUCUCGUCGUGGGGCUGCGGGGAGUGGGCAUCGAGUGCGCCAAGAACUUGAUCCUCGCUGGCCCCAGCGCCAUCACGCUGCAUGACGAUGGCACGGCUGAGAUGAAGGACCUGGGCACCAACUUUUUCCUGACGGAGCAGGACGUGGGUUAUCCACGCGCCUUCGCCGUCUUGCACAAGCUGGCGGAGCUCAACAAGAUGGUGGCGGUGGCCGUGCACAAGGGCGGGCUGACGGAGCGCGUGGUGGCCACGCACAAUGUGGUGGUCUUUUCGCACACGAGUCGCCAGGAGCUGGUGCGCUGGAACCACUUCUGUCGACGGCAGUCGCCGCCCAUUGGAUUCAUCGCGUGUGACGUUCGUGGCGCCUUUGGCUACGCAUUCACGGACUUUGGCGACGAGUUUAAGAGCUUCGACGCCACGGGCGAAGCGCCGAUUACUCGGAUUAUCACGGACAUUACGACUGACGUGGAUGGAGUGCUGUCCAUUUUGGGCCAUGAUGAAGACGGCAAGAUGCACGAGAUGCCCGACUCGGACCACGACGGGUGGAUUGAUAUUCGUGACGUGCAGGGGAUGAGGCUACAGAGCGACUUAAGCCAGUCCAUCAACACGAUGGGUCCGCGUCGGGUCAAGUUUGCUAAUAAGAAAGUGUUGCGCGAUGGUAAACAGGCGGAAGUCUUUGAUGCGUACCGACUUAAGAUCGGUGAUACUUCAGAAUUUACGCCGUAUGAAGGUGGAGGUGUGUUCACUCAGCAUAAGAAGCCGUUUACAUUGAAUUUCAAAUCGCUGGAAGAAUCCCUGGUCUCUCCAGUGCCCGCGGGCGAGUUUGGCCUCGCAUUCACGGAUGGGGCCAAGUUUGGACGUGCGGAGCAGCUACACGUUAUCAUGUGGAGCCUCAUGGAAUUCGAAGCGCGUCACGGUCAUUACCCCAAGCCACACAAUGACACGGAUGCGGAUGAAGUUGUUGCAAUUGCUAAGAUGGGUAUCCAGCACCUUUCCGACUAUACACACGAAGGUGCGCAUGAGCAGGAAGUGAUGCGGCUUGAGGAGCUAGACGAAAAGUUGGUGCGACAGGCUGCUUUCUACUCUGCUAUUGAACUGCACCCUCUGGCCGCUUUCUACGGUGGCGUGGUCGCUCAGGAAAUUGUCAAAUUUACCGGCAAAUUUACCCCGUUAAAGCAAUGGUUGCAUUUGGAUGCGUUUGAGGUGCUACCUGAUGAACGACCUACCGAUGCAGACCCAAUUGGUUCGCGCUACGACCACGUUAUUGCAGCCUUUGGUUUGUCAGUCCAACAAAAGCUUGGAAACGUUCGUACAUUCCUGGUGGGGUGCGGUGCGCUUGGAUGUGAGUACCUGAAGAACUUUGCCAUGAUUGGUAUUGCAUGCGGCGGAAAUGGACUUGUAACUGUCACGGACAACGACCGCAUCGAGGUGAGCAACCUGAAUCGUCAAUUUCUCUUCCGAGAGCACAACGUGGGCCAGCCUAAGUCCGUAGCUGCUACCGCUGCAGUUCGUCAGAUGAACGCGGAUCUGAAUGUGAAAACUCUUGAGCACUUGGUGGCCCCGCAUACGGAAAACGUUUUCGAUGAUGACUUUUGGACUGGCCUGGACAUAGUCACGAAUGCUCUGGACAAUGUGACAGCACGUUUGUAUGUGGAUAGCAAGUGUGUAUUUCACAAGUUGCCACUAUUGGAAAGCGGGACACUCGGUACGAAGUGUAAUGUGCAGGUGGUUAUCCCGUACAAAACACAGAGCUACGCAGAUGGUCCGAAAGAUGCUGAAGGUGACGGCAUCCCGAUGUGUACACUGCGGAAUUUUCCAUCGCUUAUCGAACACUGCAUCGAGUGGUCGCGCGCACAGUUCGAAGACCUGUUUGUUGUACCGUCCGCAGAAGCGAAGAAAUUCGUAGAGGAUCGCGCGGCCUAUUUGAGUCAAGUUGAGAAGGCGACGCUCGAAAACCCGAAUGCAAAACUCGUUCCAGCAGCUAUCGUGCAGGAGCUCGAACGUCUCCGUGACCUACGUGCUACCUUGCAAACAGCAAAGGAUGUCACAUUCGAGAAGUGUAUCGAGCUGGCGUUCAAGCUGAUGACCUCGCGCUUCCGUGACCGUAUCCUGCAGCUUAUUCACAAUUUCCCAGAAGAUCAUUUGACUAACUCUGGAGAGAAGUUUUGGUCAGGGGCGAAGCGCUUUCCUCAAGCAGUGGGGGAUUUCGAUCCAGAAAAUCCGCUGCACCUCAACUUCGUGCGCGCGACUGCGAACAUUUUGGCUGUCUGCUACGGCAUCCAGCCGCCUUUUGAGCAAGAGUUGGUUCCUGCUGAUUCUGAGUGGCGUGACCCGUCCACGUUUGCGGCGUUUGGCAGCAAAUACGUCCCGCCGACGUGGAAGCCGUCAAACGAAAAGAUUGCCGCUGACUCGGAUGAAAUCAAGCGGUUGAAGCUGGAGAAAAUCAAGAACUCAAAUGAUUCCGAUAAGAAUGAGCUCAUCGAGUUGAUUAAUGAGCUCAGAGCGCUUGACCUUUCGGGUUUAUCAUUCGAGCCGGCAGAUUUUGAGAAGGAUCAGGAUAUGAACUUCCACAUUGAUUUCGUCUACGCGGCGUCCAACUUGCGGGCCUUCAACUACCGCAUCCGCGAUGCAUCGCGUCAUAAGUGCAAGAUGAUUGCUGGCAAAAUUAUUCCAGCUAUUGCUACCACGACAGCGUCUGUGACCGGCCUGGCCAUGCUCGAGAUGCUGAAGCUCAUUCAGCGCAAGGAGCUGGAGGCUUUUAAGGAUUCAUCCAACUCGCUAGGUCUGAAUAUGUAUCUGAUGCAGGAACCAGCGGCCCCUGCUCAUGCGAAGGAUGAGUACGACGUAGUGGAGAUGUCGGAAGUCAAGUGCAAGCCUCCUGGAUUCACGAAGUGGGACUCUACUGUCAUCGAGUUGACGCCUGGCUCGACGCUCGAAGAUUUUCUUUCUCAGUUCAAGGAGAAGACAGGACUCAAGUGCGACUUGCUGUUCCACAGCGUUGCGGAAAUGGGCAACACGGGUGCUGCGGACAAGGAUCCGCGCUACCAUGCUGUCAGCGGCUUAAUGCUUUACGACCGCAACGCCUACGGCAAGGCAUUACAAGAUCUAUACGCCAGCCAGAUGACGAAGCCUUUGCGUGCCUUCGUGGAAUCGCGUUACGAAGGGCUCGUGGAUUGCAGCCGCAAGUACAUUGAGCUGCAGACGUCGUGCACCGAUGACGACGACAACGUGUACAAGGUGCCGACAGUCAUUUGCAAGUUCGGUUAA